AUGUCCGGGGAAGUAUCUCUUGUCAGCACAGAGAAUAAACAUAUAAAUUGUGACCCAAGCUCCCGCUUAGUGAAUGAAAAGGAUGGAGAAGUCUCGGUUGUUCAUACUGGGGAGUUUCCAUUAAAGAGUGAUCCCCAUUCAAAAAUAGCAUGGUGUCCUAAAAUGAAUCUACUACUCUUGACGAGAGAUAAGCAUACAAUACACUGUUUCCGGAUUCGAGGAGAGGAGAUAUAUAAUGUCAAUAAUGGUUCUGAAAUCAAGGGCAUAACCUGUCAUGAAAAGAACUUUUGUUUAUCAGGGGCAGACAACACGGUAAAGAUCUAUGAUUCAAGCGACGGUAAAUUAGUCAGACAAUUGGAUCACGGAUUUAGUGAUAUCAUGUAUAUCCAUUGGUCAAAAACCGUCUAUAGUUUGAAAAAUGAAGUUCUCACGAGUUUGCCUACCAUCUACGAUGAUAUUUCGUACAAUUUGGACUACUUGGUGACCAAUGAUGAGAAAUCCAUCACUUUUACUUUCAACAAAGUAUUGAGCAUUAAUAUUGUUACCAAUCAUCAAAUUCUGCUGCAAGUACUGUCGGCAUUAUUUGAACAACAGUAUUUUGACAGGGGUGACAAUAGAUUGAUAUGCAUUGAGAUUCCCACAAUUUCAAGAAAAGCUUAUACUGACCUGAUGGUACUCUUGUGUCACAUCUUUGAAUACUUGGAGAGGUCUAAGACAACUUUGAAUGAGAUUGAAAAAGAAGUCAAGACAUUCUAUGUUGCCAUCAACAGAUAUUUGUCAAACUUGAAAGUGGAAGUGAGCGGCGGCGACUUGCUACAAGAUUUGUGUGACAUCUUACUUACAAAUAAUAUUCCUGAUGGAACUAAGGAUUUCUGGGUAAACCAAUUCGGUGAUCGUGGCUUCAAGAAAAUGAAUAAACUCUGUGAAACGGUUUUUGAAAACUGUCGCAAAAAGAUCUUUCAAUACUUGAUCGCUCCAAUGGAGAGGAUUCUUGUGUUAUUAGAUGAAUUGAACGGCAUCGCCAAAUGGAAGAAUGCAUUUGAACUCGAUUUGAAAGAUAUUAACAGGCUUAUAGGAAAAUGUAAAGCUGAGUUGAAAACUUAUCAUCAAUUCAUGUUGAAUAUAAAAGAGGAAAAGGGGCAUUUUGACGAGUUACUCAACUGGUGGAAGAUGAUUGUUGAUAAAUUUGCUGAAAAGGAAACAAGUAGUAACUACUCAACAUCAAGCUUGUUGGAAUUUAUUCAUUCCAACUUGUUACAAUCAAAAGUGUUGCAAUAUAUUCCUAGUGACUUUGAUUCAAUCAAACAUGCUGGCGAUGGCAAGUUUUUGAACGAGUCCCAAGAAGAAUUAGAAGAAUUGUUUCGAGUUAUUUUAGGCCAAGUCGACGAGUACCACCAAUCAACGGUCGAUAUUUCUAUUGCUACUGAAAUAUGUCAUACAACUCCGCCUUCCCAGAUGCUUGGUUCAGUCUGGAGUCAACAGGUUGUUGAAGCUCAUAGCAACUAUUGGGAUAAAACAUUGGAAGUGUCGAAGUUGAACGACAAAGUGAUUGAUAGAGUGCCUGAUAGUAAGAGCUUCGAAUUUAGAGAAUGGGAUUUAGUUGUAUUGACGAAGGAUAGUCUAUAUAUUCUUGACCAUGUUUCAACAACACCAAUACCUUUGCCAGAACUUUCAUUUCAGCCAGCAAACUUGGCAGCGAAUUCUAAAUAUGUGUGGAUAACCGACAAGGAAAACGUACGCUAUGCAGUCUUGAAGUUGAAGUAA